CGACGUCUCUGCAGAGGCGCCUGCGGAUGGGCUAAUAGGAGGGCCUACCGAGGCAAAGAGCAGGAGCACAGACGCCGUCCAGUUGGCGACCGAGUUUGUUGUGGGAGGAAUCAUGGUCCAUGUGUGCAGGUGGGAGAGUGGGUUGUGGGGAUGGUGA